GUUCGGAGGUGGCCUCGGGGAGUGGAGGGGAAUAGCCAAUCACUAGCCCAGAUCUGACAAAUGCUUUUCCUGUCUUCGCAGCUCUUUGCAGACAAGGUCCCGAAAACAGCAGAAAACUUCCGUGCUCUGAGCACUGGUGAGAAGGGAUUUGGCUACAAGGGGUCCUGCUUCCACAGAAUCAUUCCUGGGUUCAUGUGCCAGGGUGGUGACUUCACGCGCCACAAUGGCACCGGAGGAAAAUCCAUCUAUGGGGAGAAGUUCCCGGAUGAGAACUUCAUCCUGAAGCACACGGGCCCUGGUAUCCUGUCGAUGGCCAAUGCCGGCCCCAACACGAAUGGCUCCCAGUUCUUUAUCUGCACUGCCAAGACCGAGUGGUUGGAUGGCAAGCAUGUCGUCUUUGGCCGUGUCAAGGAGGGGAUGAACGUGGUGGAGGCCAUGGAGCGCUGCGGCUCCAAAGAUGGCAAAACGAGCAAGAAGAUCACCAUCACUGACUGCGGGCAGCUCUCGUAAACCCUUCUCUCACCGACUGACCAUUCCUUGGGCAGCCUGGGCACCACACCCCACUGCAGCUCACCCGCUCCCACCCUGGUCCUGAUGUACUGCUGCGUUUCUACUGGGUCAUGGUCCCACUGGGCUGCAGUUACCUUUGAGUCUAAAUAAAACGAGUUAAACUAAA